UGAACUUUCCUGUAAACAGAGCGCUGACAGGCGGCAUCCCCGCUGGGUGGAUCCCGCGCUCCUGGCGCAAGUGGCACUUCUUGCUUCUAAUUAUCCAGAGGAGAGGCGAAUACGAACUGGCUGCUCGGCAAGUCAGUGCAGGAGGCUGACUUCUGGGAGGCUUGCGGGGAGGCUGGGGGAAGAGCCGGGGGAGGCUGCUGCUCUGCUCCGGCUGUUUUCUCAAUGAAUAGCUGGCGGGGAGACUGAAGCUAGCCACAGCCUCCUCCUCACUCCGCGGCUGGGUGACGGCGACAGCUCCAGCCGGGACCUGGGUCUCAAGACGCGCUCCUUGGAAUCUCCUCUUGCUCCGCGCUUCUAACCCACCGGACCCCGGGACAGAAAGGCUUUGUGGAUCCAAAUAUUGCCUGGCAAAUGGCACUUGGGGAUGGUAUUUUCUGGUGACAACCCCUUCUGUUUGUGACAAAGCCUGUCGCCCGCAGUUGCCCCUGGAGGGAAGUACUAAGUAAAACUCAAUCCUCUCUUAAAGUGUGGUUGCAGGGGCUAGAGGAGAGCCAGCACGCACCAUGGCACCGGCCGGACACAUCCUCACCUGGCUGUUCUGGGGUCACCUGCUGGAACUCUGGACCCCAGGUCACUCCGCGAACCCCUCCUACCCCAGGCUACGCCUGUCACAUAAAGAGCUUUUGGAACUGAACAGGACGUCAAUAUUUCAAAGCCCCUUUGGAUUUCUUGAUCUCCAUACAAUGCUGCUGGAUGAGUAUCAAGAAAGGCUCUUCGUGGGAGGCAGAGACCUUGUCUAUUCUCUGAACUUGGAACGAGUCAGCGAUGGCUACAGAGAGAUAUACUGGCCCAGCACACCAGUAAAAGUAGAAGAAUGUAUAAUGAAAGGGAAAGAUGCUAAUGAGUGUGCCAAUUAUGUCCGGGUUUUGCAUCACUACAACAGGACACACCUUCUGACCUGUGCUACCGGAGCCUUUGAUCCACACUGUGCCUUCAUCAGAGUCGGGCACCAUUCAGAGGACCCCCUGUUUCACCUGGAGUCACACAGAUCUGAGAGAGGAAGGGGCAGAUGUCCUUUUGACCCCAACUCCUCCUUUGUGUCCACGCUAGUUGGUAAUGAGCUGUUUGCUGGGCUCUACAGUGACUACUGGGGCAGAGACUCGGCGAUCUUCCGCAGCAUGGGCAAGCUAGGUCACAUCCGCACUGAGCAUGACGAUGAGCGGCUACUGAAAGAGCCAAAAUUUGUAGGUUCAUAUAUGAUUCCUGAUAAUGAAGACCGAGAUGACAACAAAAUGUACUUCUUCUUUACUGAGAAGGCUUUGGAGGCAGAGAACAACGCCCACACAAUUUACACCCGAGUGGGACGGCUGUGCGUGAAUGACGUGGGAGGACAGAGAAUCCUGGUGAACAAGUGGAGUACUUUCCUCAAAGCUCGGCUGGUUUGCUCCGUCCCGGGAGUGAAUGGAAUCGACACAUACUUUGACGAACUAGAGGAUGUGUUUUUACUGCCGACCAGAGAUCCCAAGAAUCCAGUGAUCUUUGGACUGUUUAAUACUACCAGCAAUAUAUUUCGAGGCCAUGCCAUAUGUGUGUAUCACAUGUCAAGUAUCCGAGAAGCCUUUAAUGGCCCAUAUGCACAUAAAGAAGGCCCUGAAUACCACUGGUCACUGUAUGAAGGGAAAGUCCCCUACCCAAGGCCUGGUUCUUGUGCCAGCAAAGUGAACGGAGGGAAGUAUGGAACCACCAAGGACUACCCCGACGACGCCAUCCGAUUCGCAAGGAUGCAUCCACUAAUGUAUCAGCCCAUAAAACCCGUUCAUAAAAAACCAAUCCUAGUAAAAACGGAUGGAAAAUAUAACCUGAGACAACUAGCAGUGGAUCGAGUGGAAGCGGAGGACGGCCAGUAUGAUGUCUUAUUUAUUGGGACAGACACAGGAAUCGUGCUCAAAGUAAUCACAAUUUACAACCAAGAAACAGAGUGGAUGGAGGAAGUCAUUCUAGAGGAACUUCAGAUAUUCAAGGAUCCAGCCCCUAUCAUUUCUAUGGAAAUUUCUUCAAAGAGACAACAGCUCUAUAUUGGAUCAGCCUCUGCUGUGGCACAGGUCAGAUUCCAUCACUGUGACAUGUAUGGCAGUGCGUGUGCUGACUGCUGCCUAGCUCGAGACCCUUACUGUGCCUGGGAUGGCAUAUCCUGCUCCAGGUACUACCCAACAGGUGCACACUCAAAGAGGAGGUUCCGCAGGCAGGAUGUUCGGCACGGCAACGCUGCCCAACAGUGCUUUGGACAGCAAUUUGUUGGAGAUGCUUUGGAUAGGACUGAAGAGAGGCUGGCUUACGGCAUAGAGAGCAACAGUACUUUGUUGGAGUGCACCCCACGAUCACUACAAGCCAAAGUCGUCUGGUUUGUACAGAAGGGACGCGACGCAAGAAAGGAAGAGGUGAAGACCGAUGACAGAGUUGUCAAGAUGGACUUGGGCUUGCUCUUCCUCAGAGUACGCAAGUCAGAUGCAGGGACCUAUUUUUGCCAGACGGUAGAGCACAGUUUUGUCCAUACUGUGCGUAAAAUCACCUUGGAGGUGGUCGAAGAGCAUAAAGUGGAAGGGAUGUUUCUCAAGGACCACGAAGAGGAAAGACAUCACAAGAUGCCCUGCCCUCCCUUAACUGGUAUGUCUCAGGGGACAAAACCCUGGUACAAGGAGUUCUUGCAGCUGAUUGGCUACAGCAACUUCCAGAGAGUGGAAGAAUACUGCGAAAAGGUGUGGUGUACAGAUAAGAAGAGGAAAAAGCUUAAAAUGUCUCCCUCCAAGUGGAAGUAUGCCAACCCCCAGGAAAAGAGGCUUCGCUCCAAAGCUGAGCACUUCCGCCUGCCCAGGCACACGCUGCUCUCCUGAGGGCGCCCUCUGCCGGCUGCCGAGGAACCUAGGACGGAAACAUUUUUUUAAAGGGGGGAAAAAAAAAGACUGAAAGCAUGCAAAGUCUUUCCAUUACUUCAAAGAACUUUCUGUAGUACUGAGAGGCGCGAAAGGUGUUUUAAGUUAUUCUGCAUACUCAUCUGACUAUACAAACGUCUCUCUCACAGUACUAGUACUUAAAUGAGUGUAUUGCUUUAAAGGCUUCACGUAUUUAUCAAUAUAUGAUUGGGGCUGUAAUUUUGAGCUUGCUUUUCAGGGAAAUUAUUUUGCCAUCGGGA